CCGCUUCCGGGUCAGGGGGCAGGAGCCACCAUGGAAGCUCACUGGGCCGCGGGGCCGCCUAAGCCGCUGGCGGGCUUCUGAGGCGAGUGAGGCGGUACGCGGCCGGCGCUGCUCGCCGUGGAUCCGCGGGCCUCCGCCAUGUCGGUGCUGGGCGAGUACGAGCGACACUGCGAUUCCAUCAACUCGGACUUUGGAAGCGAGUCCGGGGGUGGCGGGGACUCGGGCCCGGGGCCCAGCGCCAGCCCGGGGCCGCGAGCCGGCGGCGCGGCGGAGCAGGAGGAGCUGCACUACAUCCCCAUCCGCGUCCUGGGCCGCGGCGCCUUCGGGGAGGCCACGCUGUACCGCCGCACCGAGGAUGACUCACUGGUGGUGUGGAAGGAAGUCGAUCUGACUCGACUUUCUGAAAAGGAGCGUCGCGAUGCCUUGAAUGAGAUCGUCAUUCUGGCGCUGCUGCAGCAUGACAACAUCAUUGCCUACUACAACCACUUCAUGGACAACACCACCCUGCUGAUUGAGCUGGAGUACUGUAAUGGAGGGAACCUGUAUGACAAAAUCCUUCGUCAGAAGGACAAGUUGUUCGAGGAAGAGAUGGUGGUGUGGUACCUUUUUCAGAUUGUGUCAGCAGUGAGCUGUAUCCAUAAAGCUGGGAUCCUCCAUAGAGAUAUAAAGACAUUAAAUAUUUUUCUGACCAAGGCAAACCUGAUAAAGCUUGGAGACUAUGGCCUAGCAAAGAAACUUAAUUCUGAGUAUUCCAUGGCUGAGACACUUGUGGGUACUCCAUAUUACAUGUCUCCAGAGCUCUGCCAAGGAGUAAAGUACAAUUUCAAGUCUGAUAUCUGGGCAGUUGGCUGUGUCAUUUUUGAACUACUUACUCUAAAAAGAACAUUUGAUGCCACAAACCCACUCAACCUAUGUGUGAAGAUUGUGCAGGGGAUCCGGGCCAUGGAAGUUGACUCUAGUCAGUAUUCUUUGGAACUGAUCCAGUUGGUCCACGCUUGCCUUGACCAGGACCCUGAGCAGAGACCCACUGCAGAUGAACUUCUGGAUCUCCCCCUUCUCAGGAAACGCAGGAGGGUGUCUAUUCAAAUUACUAUUUUAAAAAUGAGGUUAUCCCAGCACUCAGGAGGCAGAGCAGGAAACAUGCAAGGGGGCACUAAACUACACGGUCAGCUAGGACAUGGAGACAAAGCUUCCUAUCGACAGCCAAAGCAUGUGGAAAAGUUGCAAGGAAAAGCUAUCCACCAAGUGUCAUGUGGUGAUGAUUUCACUGUUUGUGUGACAGAUGAGGGUCAGCUCUAUGCCUUUGGAUCAGACUACUAUGGCUGCAUGGGGGUGGACAAGGUUUCUGGCCCGGAAGUGCUAGAACCCAAGCAGCUGGACUUUUUCCUCAGCAAUCCAGUGGAGCAGGUCUCCUGCGGGGACAACCAUGUGGUGGUUCUGACCCGAAACAAAGAAGUCUACUCGUGGGGCUGUGGUGAAUACGGACGACUGGGUUUGGAUUCAGAAGAGGAUUAUUAUACACCACAGAGGGUAGAUGUUCCAAAGGCUUUAAUCAUUGUUGCAGUACAAUGUGGCUGUGAUGGGACCUUUCUGCUCACCCAGUCAGGCAAAGUGCUGGCGUGUGGACUCAAUGAGUUCAACAAACUGGGGCUGAAUCAGUGCAUGUCUGGAAUCAUCAACCAUGAAGCAUACCAUGAAGUGCCCUACACGACCUCCUUUACCUUGGCCAAACAGUUGUCCUUUUACAAAAUUCGUACCAUUGCCCCAGGCAAGACUCACACAGCUGCUAUUGAUGAAAGAGGCCGGUUGCUGACUUUUGGCUGUAAUAAGUGUGGGCAGCUUGGUGUUGGGAAUUACAAGAAGCGCCUGGGAAUCAACCUGUUGGGGGGACCCCUUGGUGGGAAGCAAGUAAUCAGGGUCUCCUGUGGCGAUGAGUUCACCAUCGCUGCCACUGACGAUAAUCACAUUUUUGCCUGGGGAAAUGGUGGCAACGGCCGCCUGGCAAUGACUCCCACAGAGAGACCACAUGGCUCUGAUAUCUGUACCUCAUGGCCUCGGCCUAUUUUUGGAUCACUGCAUCAUGUCCCAGACCUUUCUUGCCGUGGCUGGCACACCAUUCUUAUUGUUGAGAAAGUAUUGAAUUCUAAGACCAUCCGUUCUAACAGCAGCGGCCUGUCUAUCGGAACUGCGGUUCAGAGCUCCAGCCCAGGCGGCGGUGGUGAAGAGGAAGACAGCCGGCAGGAAUCUGAAACUCCAGAUCCAAGUGGAGGCUUCCGAGGAACAAUGGAAGCAGACCGUGGAAUGGAAGGGUUCAUCAGUCCCCCGGAGGCCGUAGGCAACAGUUGUGGGACUAGCAGCUCCUGUCCUGGCUGGCUUCGGAAGGAGCUGGAAAAUGCAGAGUUCAUCCCCAUGCCUGACAGCCCAACUCCCCUAAGUAGAGCAUUUUCAGAGUCUGAGAAGGACACCCUGCCCUAUGAAGAGCUACAAGGACUCAAAGUUGCAUCUGAAGUUCCUCCAGAACACCAGCCCCCAAUAGGAGCCUGGCCGCCCCGACUGAAUCCUACAGUCCCGUGUGCUGGGAAAGCAUUGGCCUCACCCGCCUGUGCGUGCAGCGCGCUGCAAGCAGAGGUCGAGAGGCUGCAGGCUCUGGUGUCAAAGUGUCUGGAUGAACAACAGAAGCUACAACAAGAAAACCUCCAGAUUUUUACCCAGCUACAAAAGCUGAACAAGAGAUUGGAAGGAGGCCAGCAGGUGGGGUUGCAUUCCAAAGGAACUCAGACAGCAAAGGAAGAAAUGGAAGUGGAUCCGAAGCCUGACUUAGAUUCGGAUUCCUGGUGCCUCCUUGGAACAGACUCUUGUCGACCCAGCCUCUAGUCUCCUGAACCCACAUAGCCCUCAGGAAACUGGGACCCAAAGAACUUCACCGCACACUUACCGAGUGCAGAGAGCAGCUUUCCUGGCUUUGUUCACUUGCAGACACGGAGCGCAGGGCAGAGGGAGGCUCUAAAGCACUUUCCUUGUGCAUUUGGAGAGUGGCAUUGCCUUUUAGAUAGGAUCUAGGAGUGAUAUUAUUGUUUCGGAGAAUGGAAGGGUCCUGUGGCCCUGGCUUUGUCAUCAGUGACUGCCAUAGCAACAGCAGCUCUGUACCUCAUCUUUUGAUCCCACCUUUGAAGAAGAGACACAGCACUCACCUUGUUUGCGCUGGUAGCACCUCAUAUUCCAUUUAUCAUUUUCAUCAUUAAUUGGAAGUUGCCUUCGGAUUUUAACAUCAGGCAUCGCACCUCUGGGUGAAGGAAGGGAAAAUGUAAAAUCGGAGUGGGCUGUGGCCAGGCCUGGCCUGCGCAGGGUCCUCCCGAGAAUGGUAAAGUUUCCACGUCUUCUCAGAAGCCUGGAGUCCAGGAAAAUUUCUUGGCAGAGUCAGUCUAGAGCUUGUGUUCAGGAAGUUGUUGCUUCAUGCAGCUGACUGCAUUAUGGGGAAGCUUAGAUUGCGUUCCCUGUGGAGGCUCCUUGAAACAUCAGUGAGAAGCAGAGAAAGGGCAGGUCCCUCGUCACACAGCCAAACUUUUAGGCUACGGUUAGUACAAGGUGGGAUUUCCCAGCUCUGAAGGACUUCUCCCAGAGAGGAGAUGUCUAAGAGAAUAACACCAGUGGGAUAGAUGGAGCUGUGGAGAUCAGCAGGGGGGACGGGAACACUUCCCUCAGUGCCUUGCCUCAGUGGCACUAAAGUCUUCUGCCCCUGUGAAGGCUUCUUUGUACUUCUAGUGUAGUGACUUUAGGGGUCUGACUGGGAUAAGUAGCCCCAGGCACCCUCUUUCUAUGUCUAGUCAGUAUUUUUCCUCUUUGGUGUGUUUUGAAGACAUAUCAUACCCAGUAAGUCAGUAUCAUCUUUCAUACUUGAGUGGCCCAAAGCCAGCACCAAAUCCUUGGGGUCCCAAAACUUGACAGGUAGAACCUGCCAAGUGAAAGGAAACUGGCUGCAAGCUCACUUCUGCUGUGUUCUUUUUGAGAGGAGCAAGCUACCUUUUCCAAAAACAGGAUUGUGUCCUAGAAGAGCCAACCUUCUAGGCAAGCAUCUGAUGGUUUCCCUUAAAUGUGAGCCUUGUGCUUCCACCAAGUCUAAUGAAUUGCUUGUGUUUGGGGCCACAGCAGCUGCUUUGAUAAGUACCACAUCCUCCAUGCUACAUACAGCUAAACUAAUAUUGUUUCCUUUAACCAAAGCAAAAAGAGAAAAGUUUGCUAUCUAUUUUAAUAUUGCAGGAGGACCUACCUGUGCAGAAGAAAUUUUUGCCAUUUCCCUAAACCAGCGGUAUAAAGGCUGGUGCUGGGAGGAAGCCCCAUCUCUGGGGGAUGGGCAACUCUGCCCGAUGGGAUCAUUGAUGUCCCAUUGUUUUCUCAAUUCUGAGAAGCCUAGUACAAUAGUACUGAUGUAAUCACUGAAGCCUUUUCCCAGAAUAAGGGAAGGCCCGAUCCUGACAUAAGGUCACAAGUUCUAGGGGUCUGGCCGUUGGCUGUAAUCCCUGUCAGAGAGUUUUGGUUCAUCAUGUCAAUGCAACUUUGGUUUUCUUCAGGACUGGCUGGCCUUUCAAGGUCCUGUAUCCUUACGCUUACCAUCUCAGCAGGCCUGAGAGGCGGGGCUUAAGUCUUCAUUCUGAGCAUUGCUUUUGCUUGGGAACUGAGGGCCGUGGGCAUGUCACUGACUGUGGGGUGAGAGUGAGUGUUGAGGUGGGCAGGAGCCCUGGAGAGUCAUUCUCUAGCAGAGCAUGGCGGUGUUUUCUCUAGUGUGUUCCCAUGGGAAGUCUAGGUUUGCCAUUAAUCCAGUUGAGAAGCUCAGUUCUGUGCCUUAGAGAUAAUUUGCACUUUUCAGAAUUGUGCCUAGGACAGCCGUGAGAUUGUUUCCUCCACCAAACAGCUAUGCAAGCAGAACAGUGAGACGUGGCAGCCAUGCACUGAGUUGAGCAAAAUACAAGGCAGCAGAAAAGGAUUCAAAUGGUUUUCUGUAGCUAAAUCUUGGUGAAUUGCCCUGCUUGUCCUCUAUGCAGUGCUAGGUGUUUGGAGCUUUCCCGUAGCGUUGCUUUGAGUUACAGUAUAGCCUGCGUUAAUCCUCUGUGCCAACACUUUGCUGAAAAGCCAGCUUAUUGUUAGCCAGAUGCUGGAAAGGGUGAGGGUGGUGGAGUGGUGUGGCAUUUCUGUUUAAAUAAACAUUUAAACUCUCA